CUAACUAUUCGAACGCUUAUCUCCUUCUAUCCGUUUCUCCCCUCUUUCUAAACCAGAGAGACACAAAACCAGGGAUAACAAAAUCAAACUCCAAAACCAUUUAAAAAAAACAUGUGGAGCUCCGGCACGCCCCAGCAGGCGUUUCUCCAUCUUCCUCUAGGGCCGAGAAGCUCUACGACAUUGAUCCCAAUCUCAGCAGCUUCAGCCAACUUCCCGGAAUGGCAACAGAGCCCGUUGUGCUGGGUUGGUUGUGGGAAGCGUACUCCUUUGGUAGGGGUGGUGAUGGCAAAGGCUCCAGGGUCUAAGGACAGCUCAGAGCAGCAAAAAUGGACCCAAGAAGGUCUGGUGACGGAGUCACUCCCCAACGGUAUGUUUCGAAUUAAAUUGGAUAAUGAGGACAUGAUAAUCGGGUACAUAUCUGGGAAAAUUCGUAAGAGUUUUAUCCGAAUAUUGCCCGGAGAUAGAGUCAAUGUUGAGGUUAGUCGUUAUGAUUCUACUAGAGGUCGAAUUAUUUACAGACUCCGUAGUAGCAAAGAUCCCUCUUGAAUUGAAGCCUUAAUUAAUAUUGUAUUGUGUUGUAUGAUGUAUGGUUCGGUUCAAUUUUUGAGGCUAAUUGAUUUCUCCACAUUGCUAAUGGCUAAUGCUAUUCACAUUUGUAAACAAGUGGGAUUUGUACUGUGUAUUAGAACUAUGUAAUUGAGUUUGAGUCUCUAUACAAAUCUAAAUGCCCCCA